AUCGCCGACGAGACACGGGGUGAUCUUUCGAACGACCUGGUAGAUUUGCGGUAAACAAUCAGUACGUUGUGCCAUAUUGACGUCAACCAUCACGCAAAUGAGGAGAUUUCAUCGAAGAUCACUACUACUGACAGUCAAAGCAACGUGUUUAGCUCGAGGUUUAAUCGAAGAUGACGAAGAGUGGAAACGCACGACGGACGAAGCUACAACCUGGAUGAUACCACGAAGACUUAGAAGGCUGUUCGUUAGAAUAUUUUUCCACUGUCAAUCAGUUCACCAAAAAGAUCUUUGGGAAGAAUUCAAAGAUGAAAUGGCUGAGGAUUACUCACGCAGGGAGGGGUUGUCGCGUGGCCGAGCACGAGCCUAUGAACGAAUCAUUGAAAUGUUGAAUGCAGAGGGUUGGAAUCUUGCUGAUUUUCCGGAAAUGGAACAAAGAAUAAUUACUUUGGAAUCGAUUAAUAAAUUACUUGAGGAAUCAUCUUCAAUCGCAGUGCGAUCGUAUGAAAAAUUAAAUGCUGAACAAAAAGAAAUUGUUGACGCCGUAUUGGAUUCGAUUAAUACAGCCGAAUAG